AUGGGAUGGCAGUUGCCCAACUCGGAGAUGUGCGUGGUGGACGACAAUGACGAGGAUGUGGCCAUCGAGACACAGGAGGAACUCUGGUUUAGAAGUCACAGUGAUAUGAAAGGGUAUGCGAACAACCCGAAGGCGACAGCGGAAACCAUUACGCCCGAUGACUGGCUCAAGGUCGGCGACAUGGCUGUUCUAGACAAGGAUGGGUUUUUGUCAGUUACAGACCGUAAAGAGCUCAUCAAAUACAAAGGUUUCCAAGCCACUCCUGCAGAGCUGAAAGAUAUCAUCAGCUCGCACCGGGGUGCGGGGGACUGUGCCGUGAUCGGAGUGUAUGAGAAGAAUUAG